CACCGAUGGCCGGCAAAGACACCCAACAAUCGAACGAGCUACCUGUAGUCCUCCUUCAUCGUCUGCCCUCCAUGAACCUUCCUUUCAACCCUUCUUUCAGGGACCAUUUACGUUUUCACGUUCAUAUUGUAGACCCUCAUGAGUCGCCUGAGGCUGAGCCAUAUGACUCCUGUCUAUCCCGCCAUGCUCACUCCAUUAGGGCUCUCAUCACCCUUGGUCUCGCCCCAAUUUCCCCCGAGUUUCUCGAGCGUCUGCCUGUUUUGGAGCUGGUAGUGACAUCAAGUGCUGGCGUUGAUCAUAUUGACCUCCCAGCUUGUAGGAACUGAGGCAUCGUCAUCACUAACGCUAGCUUUGCCUUCGCAGAGGAUGUAGCCGAUUGUGCUGUUGGGUUGCUGAUCAAUGUUCUUAGAAGAAUCUCCGCCGCUGAUAGAUUUGUUCGUGGCCGGAUGUGGCCCGUUCAGAAAGCAUACCCUCUUGGUUUCAAGUUAGGAGGAAAGCGAGUAGGGAUUGUGGGCAUGGGAAGCAUCGGUUCUGAAGUUGCAAAGAGGCUUUCAGCCUUUGGGUGCUCCAUUGCAUACACCUCAAGAAACAAGAAGCAAUUGAUCCCAUUUCCAUUCUAUGCCGAUGUCAGUGACCUUGCAGCGAACAGUGAUGUUCUCAUACUUUGUUGUCCAUUGACAGAGAGAACUUACCACAUUAUCAAUAAGGAUGUCAUGGUAGCAUUAGGGAAGGAAGGAGUGAUAAUCAACGUGGGUCGUGGCUCAUUGGUUGAUGAGAAGGAAUUAGUGCAGUGUUUGGUGCAAGGAGAAAUUGGUGGUGCAGGCCUUGAUGUGUAUGAAAAUGAGCCUAAUGUCCCAAAUGAGCUAUUUGGAGUUGAUAACGUUGUGUUAUCUCCACAUUGCGCUGUCCUGACCCCUGAAUCGUUUGAAGCUGUGCACCAGUUGAUUGUUGGCAACUUAAAAGCCUUCUUUUCGAAUAAACCUCUGGUAUCAGUGGUCUCGAAUGAUUGAAGCAUUCAUUUUCCGAUAUAAUGAA